CCGCUGAUUAUAACAGGUAAGUGUCUGGUUGUAUCGUGUAUAGUUCCCAUCAACUUGUAAACGAUUCAGGUUGACAGCUAAGAAAUGAAGAAUUGCAUCCUCCUUGGGUUCACCUUGUUAGCCCUAGCAGCGGCGGCUAAGGUGAACUACACCGGGCACAAGGUGAUUCGUGUUAUUCCCGAGACUAGAGAGCAAUUGAAGUUCUUGCGUGAUUGGGAAUCAAGCAGUGAUAUCGACUUUUGGCUGCUUCCGUCUAGCGCUGGACGUUUUGCAGACAUUCGCGUUAGUCCCGAAACGUACGCUCAUGUUGCUGCCAAAUUGGCUGAUAUGAAAAUGAGCCAUACUGUCCAUAUUGCUGACGUUGGAGAACUUGAACGACAAGAACAACAAAACAUGGCACAACACAUUGCAAUGUUUAAUGGGCAAAAGGCCAUUGAUGUCGAGAAUUACCACACGUACGAAGAGGUGAUGGCCUAUUUAGCCGAUUUGGCCAACACCAACCCAUUAGUUUCGACGAAGGUUGGAGGAACAAGCGAAGAAGGUCGUGAUAUUGUCCAAGCCAUUAUAAGCAGUGAUCUUUCAGCGAACAAACCGGUUCAUUUUUUCGAUUGCAAUAUCCAUGCUAGAGAGUGGAUUACAGGAGCCACAUGCAUCUGGAUCAUCGAGCAGAUAACAACAGGAUAUGGUUCCGAUCCGGAGAUUACGUCGCUCGUCGAUCAGUAUGAUUGGAAGUUUGUUCCUAUUGCCAAUCCAGAUGGAUACGCUUAUACUUGGAGCACUGAUCGCAACUGGCGGAAGAAUCGCCUUAUUAACAACGGAUCAACGUGCGUCGGUGUUGACGCCAACCGCAAUUUUCCGAUCGGUUUUGCUGGAUCUGGUUCCUCCAACGAUCCUUGUUCUGGAACUUAUCACGGAAUUGCUGCGUUCUCAGAGCGCGAGGCCAGCGCACUUAGAGACUUGAUUGCGGCUGAUCGUGGCAGAGUGAAAACAGCCAUCUCAAUGCAUUCUUAUUCACAAAGGUUUCUUUCACCUUACGGCUAUACCACCGAUUUACCUGUGGAAUAUCCUGAGAUGUUCCGUGCCAUGGAAAUCGCUGUGACGGCGUUAACGUCCACGUACGGGACACCCUACACCUACGGCAAUACUGCUGUCACCAUUUAUAUAGCAUCUGGGAGCACCACGGAUCAUUACUACGAGAGCGAAGGGGUUGUUUAUUCAUACACUAUAGAACUUCGAGACUCGGGAAAAUAUGGUUUUCAAUUGCCGCCCGAUCAAAUUGUUCCAACGGCCAUCGAAACCUGGAAUGGAUUGAAAGCUAUGAUCAAUGCUAUUUGAAAGUCGUAGUAUUAUUAGUUAUAAUUAGCCCUAUUAGUUAACGCACAAUAAAACGAGAUGCCGUUUUGCGAAAAAGCCUGUGAAAAAUAUGUAAAUAUAUUACAAUUUACCGUAUGAA